AUGUUUUGUCAAAAAUUAUGUAUUAUAUUAAUAUUUUAUAUUUUUGGUAUUAAUGCGAAUACGAACGAUGAUUGUAGAUUUGCAUGCAUUCAACGAUGUCAAACAUCAUGCUUAGGAAAAUCAACAAUACCGACACUUUGUCUUAAUACAUGCCCUACAGCAUGUGCUUCAGCAUGUACAAGUUACCUUUAUGUUAAUCAAGGACAUAUGGCUUAUUUAAGACCAACAAAAAUUCCAGAAACUACAACACAACCUCCACUUUUACCUAUAUUAGAUAGUAGUUUAUUUCAACCUCUUGUUAAAAAAUUUCAUGAAGUAAGAGAUUAUUUAAAUCAUGCUACUUCACAAGUUGUCUCUGAUAUAAAUCAAAAUAAUAUAAUAAAUAUAAAUACAACGGCAAAUGUUUGUCAUGGUGAAUGUUUAACUUCAUGUGAAAAUCAAUGUGAUCCUGAUAAUGAUGAUACAAGUAAUGUAUGUGAAACAUUAUGUAAACCAUUUUGUUCAGUUAGAUGUGGAUUAUUAUCUAAACAAUUUGAUUUAUUUUCUCGAUCUGCAUGCUCAUCUGUCUGUUCACCAAAUUGUAAUACAAUUUGUAUAAUAAAAGAAGGACUUAAACAAUUAUUUAGUGCUUCAGAGGUUCCAACAAUAAAAGCAAAAGAAUAUGUUAAUAAAAUUUCAAAUCAUUUUAAUCCAAAUGUACAUUAUGUUAAAGAAGUUACAACUAUGAAACCAAAAGAAAUUAUUGAAAAUAUUAAAAUAUGUGUUAGUCAAUGUGUAAAUAGAUGUGCUAGAGGAAUUGUUGAUCCAAAAAAAUCAUUUGAACAUCAAAUUUCAAAAUGUCAUUCACCAUGUGAAAAUGUUUGUAAAAAUAAAAAAAAUAUUAAUGGAAAAAAAAAGUGUGAUAUUUUAAAAUGUAAUCAAAAUUGUAUGUAUCAAUGUUAUGGUUUAAAAAAUAAGAAUAUUAAUUGUGAAAAUAUUUGUGAAAAAACAUGUGAUUCUAUAUGUUUAGCUCCAGAUGCACAUCGUGUCUCAUCACAUUUUCAGAUGAUGUUAAAAGUUGAUACAUUAUAUAAAUUAGAUUUAAUGAAAAAUGAUUGUCUUUCAAGUUGUACUAAUUAUACACCAAGAUUGGCAUCUUCUGAUGAUUCUAUUGCUUGGACUGAUGUAUGUCAUAAAUCUUGUACAUCACUUGAUUUUGAAAGAAAAAGAAUUAUGAAUGUUUGUUCUAUUGGAUGCCAAGGGCAAUGUAAAGAAAAUUGUUUAUAUUCUGAUAAAGGAUAUGCUCAAUGUGAUCCUAUUUGUAAGGCAUCAUGUGAUAAUGAAUGUGGAAAUAAAGCUUCAAAAUAUAAAGAAUGUGAACCAAACUGUUUAUCUACUUGUAAUAAAACUUGUAAAAAUAGAAUGUCAGUUUUUAAAUGUAGCAUUAGUUGUUAUGCUUUAUGUAGAAAUGAAGCAUGUUCUAAAAGAUAA